AAACAGAGCUAUGCGCCUGCGCACCAUACAGAGCAACACACAGGCAGCAGAGAAACCGAGGGAGCGUUUGUGAGGACGCAUUUUUAGGACGAAAAGAGAUAAAUCACCCUAAACAGACUCGUAGGAAUCAUGGGGAGUGUGUUCCUGCCGGCGGACGCGGCCCACUCGGUGCUGCACCGGCUGCGCAGGGCCAACUUCUUGCUGGAGGAGAUGAAGCAGGGUAACAUCCAGAGGGAGUGCCGCGAGGAGAUCUGCACCUAUGAGGAGGCCCGUGAGGCUUUUGAGAACGACGAGAAGACGAGACGGUUCUGGGAGGAGUAUGUGCGGGAGAGCAGUCCAUCUGGAGGGCUGGAGACAGUGGUUGGAGGAGUCCACUCUCUCUACUUGAUCGUGCCAUUGCUGCUGGUUGUGCUCAUCAUUGUCGCCGUCGCCAUUACUGUGUGGCGCUGCCACUCCCGCAAGCGCUCGCAGCGCAGCCCCAGCCUGGGACACUCUCAUAACGACCACGUCCUGUCAGUGGUCUCUAUGGACCAUUGGGGGAGGGACUCGGAACUCAGCGUCCACAGCAGCCCAGCUUAUCCAGGCUCAGAGCUCACAUCAGGAAGAGGAAGCGGUGGAGACCCGCCGCCAUCUUAUGAAGAGGCUGUGGGCCAUGCAGAUGUCCAAAUAGAGACGGAGCCACCUCCACAGUAUGAGGAUAUAGUCAACACUAGCUCUACUAGUGGUACUAGCGGUGGCCAUGGGAAGUAAACCGGUCUCUCACUACUACUCCAACAAAAGCCCUAACCUACACUAAGACCAUCUGAUCAUUUAGCAGUAUCACUGUUGUGGUAUCACCAGCCUUCCCCAUUCAACACAUUCAGAAAGACUAUUAACUGUCUGGUCAAUGGACUAAUGCAAUCUUUGCCUGAGCCAGCGCUGUUGAAAUUUGCACUAACCUUUUCAUCAUUGAGGUGAAGUAAUGGCAGGAAGGAUAUUGCAAUACCAAAACCAACCAACCUCUGCUGAUUUUCCUCAAGUUACAUCUAUGCUGUCACACUGUAGCAAAUCAUUUAACUCAGCGGGCAUAACAAAUGUUGCAUAUGGAGUAAAGAAAAGGGUUCCGAUUGCCAUAAUGGACGACAACUAUUCCAAAAGUCUAUAUGGGACCUGGAUCGAUGCUUCAUUGUAGUUUAGUGCCAAUUUUGUUAGGCUUAAGUGGCCAAUAGCAGAUAUUUUCCAACAAUUUUUAAUACCUUUUAAAUGUGACCUCUUUGUCAAAAAAUAAGAAUUGUGGGUAUUGCAUAUACUUUUGCAAAAGUUUGCUUUGCAAGACUCGGAAACAGCAUUUAGACCACAAAACAACAAUUCCAGUGAAACCCAGACAAAUAAAAAAUUGCGUUAAGAAAUCAAGCUUAUAAUUUCUUAUGUCUAACCUUGAGAUGGGGGGGGGUGAUACCGAAUAUCGUUUCACUCCUGUGAGGAGCACCGUUUUUAAUAAAGUGUAACUGAGAUUGUGUCAAUACAAGAAUACCACUUGACUGGUGACCGUCUGCAGCUUUAAAAAAGUGAAGCGGCUAAACUAUAUUGCUAUGCUACGACGAGAGGAGAAUAACUGAGAAAUGUGGCGAUGUCAUAAUGUCACAAUCGAUAGUAUGAUAACAUUUCCAUCUAAUACCAAGUAAUAAUGUUAUAAAAGUAAGACUAAUUUAAUGAAUAUCAUUCAAUCACAUCACAUUGCGAUUCAUAUAAAAUAACACGUAUGAGACUAAAACUAUUAAAAUCAGAGAGGUGUUAAGUACUGCUUUGGCUCGUCUCGAAGGGCUGCUGUAAGUUUUACAAGCUACCAGAUGUCACUGUGUUUGCUGUGUUUGAAGCCCUGAAGUGUCAAAUGUUUUUCAGCACAAAUAGAAAGAAAGAAAGAAAGAAAGAAAGAAAGAAAGAAAGAAAGAGACCCAAAGCUUCAUAAGGUUUUCUCGGCCCAUUCCUAGUCCAACCUGUAAGCAAACAAUUAUGUAGUCCAAUAUUAACUUGUUAGCUCUGCUUGGUCGACCGACUCCUGAGGGAAAUAUCUAGGUCUUAAGUUUGCUAAAAUAUAAAAAAUGUCUUCGCCAGACAUUCAUUUACGUUUAGCAAUUUCCUUCUGGGCAAGUAGUUGUGAUUUGCAUGUCUGGGCUUGUUAACUGUAAAUGACCUCUGAAAAUUAUCACUUAUUGCAGGUUUAAAUAGUCAAGUUGCCAAACGAAUGCAUCGGUCCAGCUUCAGUAUACACUUGUGAAUGUUUUUGGAAUUUAAAAUUCAAGAUAAGACCAGCAGUUAUAAAGGGGGAGUGCUGAAAUGUGUUUCGUGUAUGUGUGCCAUAUGUGCUUAUAUUUUGGUAAUGCAUGCAGUUUGGUCUUUACACCUGAGGUUGGAUCUGGCUAUGCACUUUUUCUUGAGGGUCAGUGCUUGCUUGCCCAUGUCCUUUUCUGGGCUGUUGACAGUUGCUCAGAGCCUGCUUUAACUGUGAAAAUCUUCCCCUACUUUUUCCCCUACAAAAAAAUCUAACCAUGUUGGAUAUGACUACAGAGUCUUUUGCUGCGCCACUUUCCCCAAAAGCACACAUUUGAGUGUUCUUCAAAUAGGUUUGCAGCUACACCAUAAAUGUAAGUUGUAGAGUGACUUGCACAGGAAUGUGGGACAGACGGCAAUAGAAACAGAAGCUUUGGGGAAAAGCGGUAUCAGAAGGGAGGUUCUGUAUUUAAUGACACUACGGACAGAGUUCACGUUUAGCAUGUGUAAAUGUACCUGAAUAUAAAUAUGUAUAGUCUGUACAUGUGAAAGUAAGUUACAUAUAUAUUGUUUUUUACUGCAUAGGAAUGCAAUGAAUACAUUGACACUAGUGUAACUAUUAUACAGUAUGCCGUGGAUAAAUGAAGGCCUUUUGUGCAUAAGCUCAAACUGGGAAAGUUUGAUUAAAAUCAGGAUAGUCUAGUUUGACGUCUUCAGCGUCACUCUCAGCCAUUACAAUGUCACUGUAAUACUUCGGGGGGGCGUGCUCUAACUCUAUUUGGAGUGUUUCUGCAUACACUCUCAAAACCAAAUAUCUCUGUCUAAUGUUCACGGAUACUGAUACGUGUCACAUUACCUGUCUACACCUCACAGACUUUGAGCACUGAUUAUUAUACAUUUUUUGUGAGUUGACCUGUGAACCUCUGCACUUGCUAUGACCUUAAACUGAGUUGUGCUGGUGGGGCUAGCCAUUUUGGUUAGGUCACUUGUACUCUUGUUCUUUUGUUUUUUUACAAUGCCUUAUCAAACAAACAAAAUGUUAUAUAACCUUAAAUGCAAAAUAACUUGUUAUAAAUCCUUCAUAUGUGCAGAAGCUUGAAUUAAUUUGUAAUAAAACAAAAAAUUUGCUAUA